UUCAGAGUGUAUAUAGCCAUCACACGAGUUGAACUUCACGGAUCAGUGAGUCCUUAUAGGUAAAUAUUCUCACUAGUUAUAUACAGUGGAGUUGUAAGCAUCUUCCGACUCAUUGACCUAGCCCGGCUUCACAGAUAUAUCCAAGAUAUGGCAGACAAACUAACAGAAGAACAAAUUGCAGAAUUCAAAGAGGCGUUCAGUCUCUUUGACAAAGAUAACGAUGGUACCAUAACAACCAAAGAGUUGGGGACAGUGAUGAGGUCACUAGGUCAAAACCCGACGGAGGCUGAGUUACAGGACAUGAUCAACGAGGUGGAUGCAGACGGAAACGGCACAAUAGACUUCCCAGAAUUCCUCACAAUGAUGGCACGGAAAAUGAAGGACGCCGACAGUGAGGAAGAAAUCCGUGAGGCAUUCCGUGUAUUUGAUAAAGAUGGAAAUGGCUUUAUCAGUGCAGCUGAAUUACGACACGUAAUGACAAAUUUAGGCGAAAAACUUACAGAUGACGAAGUUGACGAAAUGAUUCGGGAGGCUGAUAUUGAUGGUGAUGGACAAGUCAACUACGAUGAAUUUGUUAAGAUGAUGACGUGCAGGGACGCGUUUGACUUGUUUGACCGAGAUGGGGACGGUGUCAUUACAGCAGAUGAAUUAGGAUCAGUGAUGAGAUCCUUAGGACAGAACCCGACAGAGCAGGAACUUCGCGACCUGAUCAACGAAGUGGACGAGAACGGUAAUGGAACCAUUGAGUUCCAGGAAUUUUUGGCAAUGGUGUCCUGUAGGGGCGAACUGGAUACGGUAGAGGAACUAAAAGAGGCGUUCCGGGUGUUUGACCUAGACGGAAAUGGAUUUAUAAGUGCAUCGGAACUACGAACCAUAAUGACAAGCUUAGGGGAGAAGUUAACAGAUGACGAGGUCGAUGACAUGAUGAAAGAAGCAGACACCGAUGGUGAUGGUCAGGUGAAUUACGAAGAAUUUGCCAAGAUGAUGACUGAAGCUAAUCCUAAGCCGCGUUCCACCAUGGACUUUAAGAAAGAGUACAGGGAAGCUUUCAACCUGUUUGAUCGAGACAACGACGGGAUCAUUUCCACCAAAGAACUAGGGACACUGAUGAGGACGUUAGGACACAAUCCAACUGACCAGGAGCUGGACGACAUGGUCAAUGAGGUGGAUACUUCAGGGCAGGGAAAGAUCAACUACACAGACUUUCUACGAAUGAUGAAACCGUCGGAGGCCUGGAAUGAAGAGGCCGAGUUAAGGUGUGCGUUUGAGGUGUUUGACAAGGAUGGUGACGGCUACAUUAGCGCGGCAUCACUACGCCAUGUCAUGAAUAAACUAGGAGAAAAGCUUACUGAAGACGAUAUCAAAUUUCUUAUGAAAGAAGCUGAUGUCAAUGGCGACGGUCGAGUGGAUUUUAAGGAAUUUGUACGGAUCGUGACGAUGAAAUAGAGGCGAUAACAGAUGGUUUUUUUUUUCAUCAAUUGUCUUUGCGGAGUGAGAUGAAAUACAAUAUUGCAGUUGCAGUUCAACGGUUAGACAUGCAGGGCGGAUGUUACAAAGGUUGGAUAUAAAGUUACUUAGGCGGUUUGGUUUCUACUUAUAUUACCCGUCAUUCCUACUGUUUUGAAUCGACUUCAACGCACGUGAAGCUCAUCGAUAAUGCGCAACUAAACAGAUGGCCGACUCGUCGUACAUGAACAACCAUGCAUCAUUUUGGUACACUGUAGUUAGGAGACAUACGAAAGUAAUUAUAAUACUUGCUGUAAAUAAGAGUGUCCUAUGUUUAUCAUAGUAAAUCAUGCAUGCACGAUUUCGGACUGCUUAUGUUAAGCUAAUGCUAUAAAGUACGCAUCAUACAAAUCUAUAUAUAGAAAAUAUAUUUUGAGAAUGAUCUAACGUUUUAUCUGCAUGUUGUUACGAGAAAUCCCAUGCUUGCAAAUUAUUUCCUAAUAGGAAAACCGCUAAGUUUUAUCUUAGCAAAAGGCGAGCAUAGGGUAGAGCUGGUGUAUAUUUAUGCAUACAUUUGUAUUUAUUUACAAUGUUUGUCGUGGGACGUGUCAUGCAGCUUAUGUUUGCUACAAUAGAUAAUCUUGUGAUGUACAUAGUCAUAUUAGUUAUAUUUGUUUUUGUUGACAUUGUGCAUUGUCUUUGGUAAUCAGCCAAAUUCAACAGUGAUUACGAUCUUGCCUAGAAAUAAACAAUGUCGUAGAUUUACUGUAAGGUGCGAAUUGGUGAAAGUCAGAUGAUUGAGUUAUCUCCCUUUAUACCACGUUUUCAUCUCAGAGAGUGUGGGGUGUACAUAUUGAUGUGUUAUAACAUGUAAAAAUGGGGGUUCGUGUAUGUAUGCGGAUUUGAAUCUUUUUAACAGAAGUCAAGAGAUUCCUGUCACAAAUACAGAUUCUGUAAAACAGAAAAAUACUUAUGAUUAACUUAUUUGAUAAUUGUGUGAAUGCAAUAAUAUACCACAUGGUAAAAUGUAUCAAAAAAAUUAUAUGUAUUUGUAUCUUAAGCAGGACGUUCAAUUAAAUGGAGAUUUUAAAUUA